GUAAUUCAUGUCAUCUCAACCUAUGAAGCUCCUGCCUACUUUGUCCAUUCAUAAAAAAGCAUUAUGUAAACGACUGAAUGACAAGUGAGUUUUGUCGUGGUCAAAAUGACUCACGGCGUUCUCGAAUUUUACCUAUGUGAAACUUUGCCUGAAUAAUCUCCUUUGUUGAUGUUGUGAAAUCAUAUUGGAAAUCUAUCCAUAUUUUGGGGAUAGGCUAUAUUAUAAUGCUCUACUUUUGGAGCGUUCGCGUAGGCUACCGCGCUCGUCAAAUCAAUGAUUUAUCGGUUCAGGAUUCAAUAAUGCAAUGUUGGCGACGGUCCAAUGUAUUGCGGAUGUAGCCUUCAUUGCCCUCUCGAGGCAGGCAGUGAUAUGGCUAAAGGUUACGGCGGAGUGAUAUGCUGUAGUCUUCGACAAAGAGCUGCGAUAAAUCGGGAGGGAGAUCCCAUGAAUAGUGUUUGAGCCCUAUGUCACUAAUGGACGGAGUCAUUGUAUAAAGCACGAAAUGUAACCCCAAAUAUAAACACGCUAGCAAAGAGAAUCACUGAACAUUUCACAGGAGAACAUGGAGAAGAAAAGGUGGGCAUGCUUGGCUCUCCCCAAGGGCUGGCAGAUCGAAGAAGUGACCAGAAAGUCGGGUUUGUCUGCGGGAAAAAGAGAUGUCUAUUAUUUUAGUCCAACCGGGAAGAAGUUUCGGAGCAAGCCUCAGCUGGCUCGUUACCUUGGCAACCAGAUGGACCUCAGCUCCUUCGACUUCCGCACAGGGAAGAUGCUCAUGAGUAAACUGAACAAGAACAGGCAGAGACUGCGCUAUGACAACAACAAUCAGACCAAGGGCAAGCCAGACCUGAACACAUCACUCCCCGUCAGACAGACUGCUUCCAUCUUUAAGCAACCUGUCACCAAGGUUACCAACCACCCCAGCAACAAAGUCAAGACAGAUCCACAGAAAGCCGUCGACCAGCCGAGACAGCUUUUCUGGGAGAAGAAGCUUGGUGGUCUCGAUGCCUUUGACAUCGCAGAGGAGCUAGUGAAGACAAUGGACCUGCCUAAAGGUCUUCAAGGAGUUGGACCUGGAUGUACAGACAAGACUCUACUGUCAGCGAUAGCCAGCGCCCUGCACACUAGUGCAGCCCCCAUUACCGGUCAGCUGUCUGCAGCCGUGGAGAAGAACCCAGGGGUGUGGCUCAACACAUCGCAGCCCCUGUGCAAGGCCUUCAUUGUCACUGACGAGGACAUCAGGAAGCAGGAGGAGCUGGUGUACAGUGUGAGGAAGAAGCUGGAGGAGGCUCUAAUGGCGGACAUGUUGGCUCAUGUGGAGGAAGCAGCCAGCGAGGGCGACUCACUCGAGGAGGACAACGACGACAUGGAGACUGUAUAGCAGAGGGUGAUGGGGAGUUAGAGUAGUUUGGAUGGGUCUUUCACCACCUUAUCACAGGACCAUGAAACCUGUACCAAUCCAACCAAAAGAACUGCCCACUUUCCUCCUACUACCCCUCUGAAGCUUUACCUACCCACUGCCCACUUCGCCCGCUGGUUGGGCUCUUCUGGCUCCAGUGCUAAGAAAGGACUUGGACCAAGCCAUUCUGAAUCAAAUAAUUGAGCUAAUAAUCUUUCAUUUGAAAAAGAGAUCAUCCAAUAACUUUUUGACAGUGCAGAGUGAGAGGAGAGCGAUUUACAUACAGUAUGACAAAUUCAUUGUUCAAUGAUGGAGUUUUAUUUUUUACAAGACAUUGUAUGGAUUUUCUGAAUGUGAGAUGUAUGUUGUGACAAUCAUAUCAACCCCCCCCCCCCCCCCCACACACACACACACACACCGCACACACCACACACACACACUCACACACACACACACAACAAACAAAAAACGACUUUUUAAAUGUAUUUGGAGAUUUUCAAUUAGUAGCGAAUGCUGUUUUUCUUUCUGGGUUUCUAAUGCACUCCAUGGGGCUCGAUGGACCAUAGUGUAGGGGUACUUUGGUUCAGUUUACAGGGCUAUGUGAGAGAGGCUUUGAUGAGAGGGAACAAUAUAUUUGCCCAAAUGAUGCGCUCUAAAGCAUGAGUCACAGGACAGAGAAUUAGUGAAAAAUGAUUGAAUUGUGUUCUCAAGGAAAUAUUCUUGUCAUUGUAAUGUAGUCCAUUCAAACCCCUUACCAAGUAUUGACCAAAGAUGGUUAAUGUGAUUUUUGAAAAGUCUUGCAGUAUUCUACUGUAGUUAUUUUGUUAUAGCAUCAUAUCCAGCUUCUCAAUGGCUAGUGAUGUUUCCACAUGACACUGAGUUAUGAGUGAAGUCAUACUGUACUUGGUUAAAAUGGGUAGUAGAAGUGACUUGGACCCUUCUCUCCUGCAUUGUGUCGAUUUUAUUCUUUUUAACACUCAUUGCUCACUGAAGUUGUUGGUUUAACGUUGCUGUUUCUAGCCAAUGCAUGUUUGUCCCCAUGACCAUGCUUUUUAAAAUGUUUCCAAUAAUGGGUCAAAGCCAUCACAACACUUGCUGCCUCCAUUAUCUUGUGCACUGGGUGCCAGACAGAGUAAACUAAGCAGAUUUUGUUUGACUAAAGAUUAAGGACUGGACUCAAUCUGUAUCGUGGAAGAUCUUGGUUAAAUUUAAAGGUAAUUUUUUGACAUUCCGUUGACAUAUGCAGCGUUUAAUGUGAAUGCAGUCUUUGAAAUGCCUUUUUGGGGUGGCAGGUAGCCUAGUGGUUAGAGGGGGUGGCAGGUAGCCUAGUGGCUAGAGGGGGUGGCAGGUAGCCUAGUGGCUAGAGGGGGUGGCAGGUAGCCUAGUGGCUAGAGGGGGUGGCAGGUAGCCUAGUGGCUAGAGGGGGUGGCAGGUAGCCUAGUGGUUAGAGGGGGUGGCAGGUAGCCUAGUGGUAAGAGGGGGUGGCAGGUAGCCUAGUGGUUAGAGGGGGUGGCAGGUAGCCUAGUGGUUAGAGGGGGUGGCAGGUAGCCUAGUGGUUAGAGGGGGUGGCAGGUAGCCUAGUGGUUAGAGGGGGUGGCAGGUAGCCUGGUGGUUAGAGGGGGUGGCAGGUAGCCUGGUGGUUAGAGGGGGUGGCAGGUAGCCUGGUGGCUAGAGGGGGUGGCAGGUAGCCUAGUGGCUAGAGGGGGUGGCAGGUAGCCUAGUGGUUAGAGGGGGUGGCAGGUAGCCUAGUGGUUAGAGGGGGUGGCAGGUAGCCUAGUGGUUAGAGGGGGUGGCAGGUAGCCUGGUGGUUAGAGGGGGUGGCAGGUAGCCUGGUGGUUAGAGCGUUGGGCCAACAGAACGGUUGCUGGAUCGAAUCCCCGAGCUGACAUGGUAAAAAUCUGUCGUUCUGCCCCUGGACAAGGCAGUGAGCCCACCUACCCCCCAGUCGGCCUUAAUAACAAAUUCUUAAUUUACAAUGAACUGACGUGCCUAGUUAAAUAAAGAUUUGAUUUGUUUAAAAUUUGUAAGAAAAAAACAUUUGAGUUAUAGUGUGGAUUUUCCACGAUGUAGAUUAAAUCCAGCCCAAAGAUUCUGUGUUGAGAAAAUGAAUUGCGCUUUGUACAUAUACCCACAUUUCUCAAAGUUUGUAUGUUUCAAUUGUCAAGCUCAAUGAGAUCCCUAUCCAACAUCAGCAGGCUGAACUGAAUUUUAUGUUACUGAGUAAAAUGUAUCGGUAUAUCAA